CAGAAAGCCUGAGCUCUGUGAUUAAUGAUGAACAAAACGAACUAUUGAACGAAGUCGACCAAGGGCCAAGGCGACCUCCGUCCUCCGUGACCUCCGUCUAGGCCUCUAGGUCUGCCACCGCAGAACGCCAGCAGUCGAGCACCGCAGCCCGGCGGCUCCGCACGCCACCAGUUCAGCCUUGUUCAGCCCUUCAGCACCGCUGCAACGCACGCCGCCUACUCGCCACUGCAGGUAUCCACUGUACAGCCAAGGUGUUCGAAAAAAGUCUCAAAUUACAGAACUGUCAUUCUCGAUUAGCAGUUUAAAUUCAAUAGGAUUUGGUUAGCUUUUAUUUGUUAAUAAAGCAUGAAUGGGGUUUGUAAAACGGUGCCCCGGUUAUGGAGACAAGUGCACACAAGAUCCUUGCAAGGUCCCAGCGAGACCUUGAAGAAAAAGGUAGCCGAACUUGAAAGGAAGAGGAAAGGCAAUAAUUAUAGGAAGAGCCAAACAUUUGUCCAGGUGCGGGAAUCAUUGGCAUGGCUAGACACUCCCACCAUGCCGAUGAUACUCACCGUUGUUGGCACUGCGCUUUUAGCAAAGCUCAUGAUGAUGUAUGAUGACUCGAAGUCUCAGGAGAGGAUUGAGCAGCAGAUUAAUGAUGCUCCUGAAGGUCAAGGAACUGUGAGGAUGCUUACCCGUGAGGAAUGGGAUGCAAUUCAAGAAGUGCGGCCAAGGACUCCAUUCGAGUCUCGGUUUGCUCGUCCAAAUGCUCGGAUACGUACCGGUGAACCCUUGCACUUGGAGGAUGUGAAGGACUGGACAAUUGAUGUUUUUGCAAAUGCAUUUACACGAGCUGAAGAUUGCGCUAAACGUGGAUCGAACUGAUUCUAAUAUAAUGGAUAAACCUCAGCCUCCUCUUCAAAAGAGAGACUGGCUGAUCAGUUGAAGCUCAUCAGUUGAAAAGUGAAAAUUCCAUAUUAACCCCAGCUGUUACUUUUAUUUCAAGAAAAUUCGAAGGCCAUCUUCUGAGUUUAGUUCGCUCAACUGGUGGAGGACUGGAGGGUGGAGGCUUCCAUAGAAUACAGAAAGGGAAGAAAGGGCAAGUGAGGAAUCCUGCUUUUUGCCUUCAGACUUUCAGAGACGAAACUAUAUAAGAUUAACUAUUUCUGAGUUUAUAAAAUUUAGGUAGUUCAUGAGGGACAAUAUGUUAUCUUCUAAACAAAUGAUGACACCUGAAGACCCUAGAACCGACCAAACAAUUAUUUGUGAGAAUUUAAAUUGAGCUUUGAUCACAUAUUGAUAGAAAGAGAGUGAAGUUCUAUUCCAAGUCUUUCCUUGGAAUUGAACCCAAGACAUCACCUUUGGACACUCUUUCUACCAAGUGAGCUAUGUUCUUGGCAACAUGUUAGCUUCUAUGACAUAUGUUUGGAUCACCUAAAAUA